AUGGGAAUUUUAUCGAAAGGAUCGACCGGGGCAGAGUUUCGGUAUAAAGAAAACAAGAACUGCACGGGGACAAUGUUGGAACUGGAAAUUAACAUGAAGCGCUGGGCGAUGCACGAGAAAUUUCACUAUGCCUUUCGGGUUUGGUACCGUAACGUGGCUACAGUAAUUGCUCCAUUUCUCAUCCUGCUCAUUCUCAAUUUCUUCAUUGUUGUGGCAUUACGUGAACAGCCGCAGAUGUCCGUUUGCACGCAAUUGGCCGGGCCAGCAGCGGGUGACGUGGCGAAGCGGAAGACAUCACAGAGUAUGGCCCACCUCAGCGACGUCGAAUACGCCAAAAGAAAGAGUCUGGGUAGUGCUGAUCGACACAAUUUCGCUGCUGUCGGUGAUCGCCUGCGCGUUCCGGUUGCCGAUUCUCAUCUCGUGUCAGCAACAACUGCGCAA